GCACAUUUCCUGUCUCAGGAUGCUCACGUGAUUCUAAGGGUUUUAUCAUAGUCUAUGCUGAAAACCUCUAAGUCAUCAUCUCUGGUGAGAACUGAACUUCAACCUAGAUUUCUUACUGCCCAUAGGACAUUUCCACAUGGAUACCCUGUUGUUUCAAGAGCUGCCCUCUCAAGUUUUCAAUUCCUCAUUGUUUCCUUUCCAUCAACUUCACUACCUUUCUUAUUCCCCUUGUCACCACUGAAGAUCAGACUCACAUCGCUUCAAAGUCAGGUGACUAGGUGUCCUUCUAUUUGGUCUCCCAGUCUCCAAUCUCAAUCCCCUUCAAAUUUUUCCAACCAAUUCCUCCAACUCCUACCUACUCUUUGGGUACCCAUCAGGCAUCCCAUAGAUGUAAUUAAAUACUGUGAAGACCACAUCCAUCAAUUCAGUGUACGUCUGGAUGAGUAAUUCAGAAAUACUCAUGCCAUCUUCCAUACGCUUCCAAAGCCCACUGGGCUUCUAAUUUUUAUCAUCACCUCACCUCCAUGAGAAGAAGGUAGGUCGGAGAACAUCAUUUCAUUCUACAGAUGAUUUCACCAAGAUCCUGAGGUUGUGAGUUCUUAAGAUGAUGGCAGAAAGAUCUGGAGAACACAGCCAGCACACUGCUCUUAGUGUCAAAAUCAGGGAGCUGUCGACCGGCCCCAUUACACUUUUCUGUACUUAUUCUUAAACGUAAGAGCGCAUAACAAUCACCUAAAGCUCACCGCUGGAUUUCCGAUAUAGUGGGUCUGGGGUGAGCUGCGAAGUCCAUAUUUGAAACGAGCUCCCCCCCCCCCCCCGCCCCGCCCCAUGGUGAUGCAGGCGAUCUGGGGACCGCACCCUGAGAGGCAGUGAGAACCGGUUGACUUCACAAAAGGCUUCUGGCACGCUACCCUCGGCCGCCACCAACGCCCAGGCUCUGGGCGGACCCAUCUCUGCCGCCGUCCGCCUGCCCCACCCUCCAGGCCCGGGUCGGCUGCAGGCGGAUUUCAGUCGGAUGUAGACCCGGGCGCAGAGGUACCACGGCCAGCCACUACCUGGCUUCCACUUUUGCCAGCCACAGACACUGGGAAGACUUGCGACUUCGGUGUCCAGCAGCCUGUAACGCGACCGCCCAUUGGCUCAGCUUAGUACUGCUUGGCCGUAGAGCUUCCAAAGGCUUUAAGGAUUGGCUGGAGCUCCAAGAGCCGCGGCCAGUUGGCGGGAGGGGCGCGCUGGAGCGCGGCUGUCCUCGGAGCCUGCGGCUGCGGCGAGCGUUCCAAGCUUCGCAGACGCUCGGAGAUCAUGGAGGAUGCGACUAGGGCCUUGGGGAAAGGAAGCCUGCCCCCGGGGCCGGUCCCAGAGGGCCUGAUCCGCGUCUACAGCAUGAGGUUCUGCCCCUACGCGCACAGGACGCGCCUUGUCCUCCGGGCCAAAGGCAUCAGACAUGAAGUUAUCAACAUUAACCUGAGAAACAAGCCUGAGUGGUACUAUACAAAACACCCUUUUGGCCAAAUUCCUGUCCUGGAGAACAGCAAAUGUCAGUUGAUCUACGAAUCUGUCAUCGCUUGUGAAUACCUGGAUGAUGCUUAUCCUGGGAGAAAGCUGUAUCCAUAUGACCCUUAUGAGCGGGCUCGCCAAAAGAUGUUAUUGGAGUUAUUCUAUAAGGUCCCACAUUUGACCAAGGAGUGUCUGGUAGCAUUGAGAUGCGGGAGAGAAUGCGCUGAUCUGAAGCUUGCCCUGCGUCAGGAAUUCUGCAACCUUGAAGAGAUUUCUCUUACCUCCUUCCUUGGUGAACCUCCUGGGGGAGCCACGGCCAUGGCGCCUCACCACCGACGGCCACAAGGGGGAGCCCGACGCGCUUCUUCCUUCCACCGGCUCUCUGGCGCGAACCUCUCUUGGGUCCUCCUGGGGGAGCCCGAGAGGCCCUCGAAGAAGACAAGGGCCUCUUCCAUCCGGGCUUUUUCAUGUUCAGGGGGUGGGAAUCCUACUGUCUUAUUUUACUGUUUAUCCUAAAAUCUGUCAGAGUAGCUAAUUGGCUGUAAGCAAGCGACUGAGUUUAAACUGAGAACACAGGAGAACUAUUUAUUAGUAAAGUUGCCUGAAGACGUUAUCAAUGGAAUAGAACAGGAAGGAGAGAAUUUUGUAAAAAUGUUAGUUUUAGUAAUCUCUACCCACAACGUGGG